AUGGUUGAAAUGCAUGAAAUUGUUCCAGGAAAACGUUUGGAUAGAUACCAUGAAUUGGGUCAAUAUGCUUUUGGAAAAAAAUUAGGUCUUUAUAUUGUGGUGCCUCAACAAAUUAUUGUAAUGGUUGGUGGAAACAUUGUCUACAUGGUUACUGGGGGUCAAUCAUUAAAGAAGUUCCAUGAUAUAGUGUGUCCAAGUUGCAGAAAGAUUAGAUUGACCUUCUUCAUAUUGAUAUUUGCCUCUGCUCAAUUUGUAUUGUCUCAUCUACCCAACUUCAACUCCAUUUCCGCUGUAUCUUUUGUUGCAGCAGUCAUGUCUUGUGGUUACUCCGCAAUUGCUUGGACUGCUAGUGCACAUAAGGGAGUACAAGAAAAUGUAGAAUAUAGUAACACGGCUACAACUAGUGCUAACUUAGUCUUUAAUUUCUUUAAUGCACUUGGAUCUGUUGCUUUUGCUUAUGCUGGACACAGUGUGGUGUUGGAAAUCCAAGCAACAAUUCCAUCAACGCCAGAAAAACCAUCUAAGGUUCCAAUGUGGAGAGGAGUUAUUUUUGCCUACAUUAUUGUUGCUUUGUGUUAUUGGCCAGUUGCUAUUAUUGGUUAUUGGGUGUUUGGUAAUGAGGUUAAGGAUAACAUUCUCAUAUCUUUAGAGAAACCAUCAUGGCUUAUUGCAACAGCUAACAUAUUUGUUGUUUUACAUGUAAUUGGAAGUUAUCAGGUUUUUGCAAUGCCAAUGUUUGACAUGCUUGAAAGUGUAUUGGUGAAGAAAUUGAAAUUCAAACCAAGUACAAUCCUCCGUUUUGUUGUGCGUAAUAUAUAUGUGGCACUCACAAUGUUCGUUGCUAUUACCUUUCCAUUUUUUGGUGGAUUACUAGGAUUUUUUGGCGGAUUUGCUGUUACUCCAACAACAUAUUUUCUUCCAUGUAUCAUAUGGCUUAAAAUCUAUAAACCUAAGAUAUCUAGCUUGUCUUGGUGGACUAAUUGGAUAUGUAUUGUGCUUGGUCUAUGUAUAAUUGUCUUAGCACCUAUUGGAGCAUUGAGGAGUAUUAUACUUGAAGCUAAGACCUACAAAUUCUACACAUAA